GUCUGGACCACCGGCUCACCCGAGCCCUCUUUUCCUCUUCCCCUCUGCUCAUCGCCUCCCCCGACGCCCUCCUGCGCCGCCCCGCUCACUCCCCCUCACACUCAUUUACCCAAAAGCCACAUAACCACAACGCCUAACUAACGAGCUCUUACCCGUAUUCACUAUGUUCGGCUCUAUGCUCGGCUCGACUCUUUUCGGCAUCAGCCUGCUCUCUGCUCUGGCGCCCCUGGCGUCCGCUGGUCAUGUCAACCGCAUGGACAUGCACCGCCGCCACGACGGGCUCGCGCACAAUCAGACAAACUCGACGGUCGCGCUGGAGAAGCGCCAGUCGUACUCGAAUGCGCGCUUCACCUACUACGCUGUCGGACUGGGUUCGUGUGGACAAAACAACGUGCCUGGUGACUUUAUUGUGGCGUUGGACUCGAUCCUGUACGACCAAAGCAAUGGCGCUGAGUGCUUCCAGAUGAUCACCAUCUCUUACAACGGCAAGACCACCCAGGCGCAGAUCAUGGACAGGUGCCCUGGCUGCCCCGAGGGCGGGCUCGACAUGUCCGAGGGCCUCUUCACGUACUUCGCCGACGAGGGCGCGGGCGUGAUCUAUGGCGAGUGGUCGUACGGCUCCGGCUCCAGCCCGACCACGUCUUCGAGCGAGUGGACGCCGCCGACCUCGAUUGACUGGACGCCCACGACUACCUCCUACUGGACUCCCCCAACCACCGACGCGUGGACGCCCACGACCACGUCGACCUACUGGACGCCGACCACGACCAGCACCUGGAGCAGCAGUAGCGCGUGGUCGAGCAGCUCUUGGAGCAGCAGCUCGAGCUGGAGCAGCAGUGCCUGGUCGAGCAGCAGCGCGUGGAGCUCGAGCGCCGCGCCGUCCGCGAGCGCCAACGCGACGGGCACCCAGCUCGCGCUCAUCAACCAGGCCAUGGUGGGCAUGGCUGGCCUCGUAGUCGCCGGCGCGCAGGUGCAGUAAAUCACGCGCCCUCCCGACACCCCCAUCCCUAGAUGUCUCCGAGGUAGACGGCGUGCGUCACGCCUUACGCGUGUGCGUGGCCGUGAACGUUAUGCGAGCAUGUUUAUUGGCGAAAGGACACAUACUAGUAUACCCCCGAUUGUGUUCUCCUUCUGUCUUCUCUCCCGGCAUGCGCUUUUCCGCUUUGCGUGACAGACUUACUAAUCAACCUCCUUUCGUUGUUGAACCUACUACCACACCUAUUCUUUGCCUGUGCCCCUUGUAGCAGUUGUCCGCGUACUAGGCACACCGUGAACAGGGUGUAGAGCAAUCAUUCACCUUGAUAAGUGGACCGUCAUGAC